UUCCUCCUGGGGUGACUUGGCAGUAGUAGGCUGUGUUUCCUCACUUCUGCAAUUGCCAGACACAGGCACAGAGGCUCUAGGGCUGGGGCCCACGCGUGGAGGGACACCUAGAACCCUGCUGCUGAGCCAGGCACAGCCAGGGUCCUAUGACCCACUGACCCUUAUAGUCCAGAGCAAUGGAGCUCAAUGACUCCUCCCGGGUGGAUUCUGAGUUUCGAUACACUCUCUUCCCCAUCGUUUAUGGCAUCAUCUUUGUGCUGGGGGUGAUCUCCAAUGGCUACGUGCUCUGGGUCUUUGCCCGCCUGUACCCUUCCAAGAAACUAAAUGAGAUCAAGAUCUUCAUGGUGAACCUCACCGUGGCUGACCUGCUCUUCUUGAUCACGCUGCCACUGUGGAUUGUCUACUAUUACCACCAGGGAAACUGGAUUCUACCCAAAUUCCUGUGCAAUGUGGCCGGCUCCUUCUUCUUUAUUAAUACCUACUGCUCUGUGGCCUUCUUGGGCGUGAUCACCUACAAUCGCUUCCAGGCGGUGACACAUCCCAUCAAGACAGCUCAGGCCACCACUCGCAAACGGGGCAUCUCCUUAUCCCUGGUUAUCUGGGUGGCCACCCUGGCCGCUGCCUCCUACUACCUGGUCCAGGAUGAGACCAACUCAGUCCUCAAUAAGGCUGGCACAGAAAACAUCACCCGCUGCUUUGAGCACUACGAGCAGGGCAACGUGUCAGUCCUGGUCAUCCACAUCUUCAUCGUGUUUGCCUUCUUCCUGGUCUUCCUCAUCAUCCUGUCCUGCAAUGUGGUCAUCAUCCGCACGCUGCUGGCGCAGCCCGUACAGCAGCACCGGACUGCGGAAGUCAAGCGCCGAGCGCUCUGGAUGGUCUGCACUGUCCUGGGGGUCUUUAUCAUCUGCUUUGUGCCACACCACGUGGUGCAGCUGCCCUGGACCCUGGCGGAGUUGGGCUACUACACCAAUUUCCAUCAGGCUAUUAAUGACGCCCAUCAAGUCACCCUCUGCCUUCUUAGCACAAAUUGCGUCUUAGACCCUGUCAUCUACUGCUUCCUCACCAAGAAAUUUCGCAAACACCUCAGUGAAAAGUUUUACAGCAUACGCAGCAGCAGCCGCAAGUGCUCCCGGGUCACCACGGACACUGCCACGGACAUGGUCAUGACCCUCCACCAGAUGCCUGUUGCUUCCCUUAAAAAUUAGUUCCUGAUGGCUGGGGUCAGGCCCCAGGGUCCUCUCACCCCUGGGUGUCACUGACUGAGCUGGGUCACUUCCCUGGCUGCUAGUGGCCCUGGCUGGUGGCUCAAGCAGGGCUGAUGGCUGUACCAGACUGCUGGAAAGAUCUAGAAGUUGGAGGUGCUCCUUCACUUGCCUCUGGGCACUUACUUUGUUAAGUCUGAGCCCAGGGGAGCUGCUGGCAUGAGAAGGAGCAGCAGAGCUGGGUGUAGAACUUGGGGGCCUGACUUGAUUCUCCCCACUAGGGCCACACAGCCUAAGCCUUGGGCAAUGACUUCCAAGUGCUAUAGGCAGAAACACUGGAUGUGGAAGGAUCUAGAGGCAGCAGUUGGGUCUAGGGUGGAGUCACCUCUUUCCACUCAUAGGCACAAGUGAUUGUGACAAUUGUCAGGGAGGUGGCUUGGUGGGAUCUUUAGGUUACCCCACAAUCUGUCUGGAAGGUACACAGUGAAGACAAAUAUGGACAGACCCACAGCUGGCAGGGGAGUUUGGCUCUAGAGGCAGCUCUCUGCACAGGCCUCGUCCCUGGCUUAGGUCAGCUCUGAGGAGGUCAAAGGGCCACCACACCCACCUUCUUUCUUUGUGGCAGUCCUCCCUACUAGGGAGAAGAGGCUGUAAAAACUAGAUUUGGAUUUGUCCAGGCCAGGGCACCUCCCUGGGAAUAGGCACUGGGCUGGACCGUGCCUCAGGCUUCCUGGAGACUGCUCCUUUUUUGGGGAGACCCUCUUACCCCAGAUUCUAGGAUGUAGCAGGGACAGGAACAGACCCUCAAGCUGGAAAGUGUUAGUUCCCUUUAGGGUCUCUAGAGACCUGUUUGUGAUUUUUUUUUUCAGUACUAGGGUUUGAACUCAGGACCUUGCUCUAGGCAAGCACUCUACCACUUGAGCCAUUGUCCAGCCUGUUUU